AUGAACUGGCCCGACGCGGAUGGCCCUCCCGCCAAGAAGCGGAGGUUCUUCUCGGAUCCUGAAGAGGAAUCCAGCAUAUUCCCGUCACCAGCGCCGCCCGUCCCUGUGCGGUCGCCGCUGCAGCCCGCCGACGAUGCCUCCAACCGCGGCCCUGCCACGGGCGCCCCCGAGACCCCUCAGAAGCCCCCGGGCUUCGACCAGGAUAUGUUCAACAGCUUCGUUGGCGACACGGUCGACUCGCAUGUCAUCGCCAUCCUGCGGGAGAAGUGUGGCGACAACCUCGAGGCCGCCGUGAACAUGUACUUCGACGGCACCUGGAAGAAAUUCCAGAAGACCCAGAGCCGCACGCCCGUCCAGUCGACUCUCCACCACGCCGCCGGGGCCAGCUCUUCGCGAAUAGUGCCCUCGAGCACAGCCGUCGCCGAACCCAAGACCCGCGACCUGCCGUCACCCGCUCCCGUCAUGCGAGCCAUGCCCGACACCCGGUACAUUGGCGCAUUCGGCACCGAGGGCUGGGCCACGAGAAGCGGCACCAACGUUCUGAAGCCCGGCGAUGUGGUGAACAUAGUCCGGCAGAAGAUCCAGCCGCAGAAGGCUUCGAUGGGAAGGUUCCGCGUCGAUGUCAUCGUCCGCUUCACCGACGCCAAGGGCACCGAGAUUGGCCGCCUCGCCAAGGACACGGCCAACUGGGUUUCUUCAUUGAUGGAUCAAAACGUAUGUACUUUCGAGGGCGUGUGCGUCUAUGCUCCCGAGAGGCUGCGAACUAGCGACACCGUGUUCCUGCAACUUCGCUGUUACAUACAGAAGUGCGUCUUUCAAGGAAGAUUUCACCAACCCGCCGACAACCGCAAUACUGGCCUCUUUGAAGUCCAGGAGACCUCCGACGAGAGAGAUCUUCGACUGCGGCAAGUCGCUCUGGUGAGGUUGUUCCACGAGAUCAACCUGCAGCCUACAAGAGCUGCCGCCAAACACGAUCGACAGGGUCUGCUUGAUGCUGCCGAGGCUGCCGAGAAGCAGGAGAAACAGACUCCUAAAGCCACAGCCAACCGUGAACCCGGAUCCUCCCCGCCUUCUGAUGAGGCAGAGGAGGGAGACGAACUGGAACAGGACCAGCUGGAUGCUCUAUACAAGAAGGCGCAAUCCUUCGACUUCAACACCCCUGAAGCUGAGCCCUCGGACACGUUCGCCAUGACGCUUCGUCCAUACCAGAAGCAGUCUCUUCACUGGAUGCUUGCCAAGGAAAAGGACCUCAAGAACGAGGCCCGAGAGGCUUCAAUGCACCCUCUCUGGGAGGAAUACACCUGGCCAGCCAAAGAUGUGGAUGACAAGGACCUACCGCAGGUCGAGGGUGUUCCAACCUUCUAUGUCAAUCCCUAUUCCGGUGAGAUGUCUCUUGACUUUCCCGUUCAGGAGCAACAUUGCUUGGGAGGUAUCCUCGCAGACGAGAUGGGUCUCGGCAAGACGAUUCAGAUGCUCAGUCUGAUACACAGCCACAAGUACGCUGCAUUGCAGAAUGUAGCAUCGGGCCCUCGUUCCGGUCUGCCAACGAACGUGCUCCCCUCCAAAACUACGUUGGUGAUUGCUCCUAUGUCGUUGCUCGCACAAUGGCAGAGCGAGGCUGAAAACGCUUCAAAGGAGGGCACCCUCAAAUCCAUCGUCUAUUAUGGAAACGACAAGAUUGAUAAUCUGCAAGCCUUGUGCUCCAGCUCAGCGGCCCCGGAUGUUAUCAUCACCAGCUAUGGUGUCGUGCUUUCCGAGUUCAACCAGAUGUCUAGCAAGAAUGGCAAUGCCUAUUUCCAUCAUGGUCUGUUCUCUGUAAACUUCUUCAGAGUGAUCCUGGACGAAGCGCACAAUAUCAAAAACCGGCAGGCCAAGACAUCGAAAGCAUGUUACGAGUUAUCGGCAGAGCACCGUUGGGUGUUGACGGGAACCCCGAUUGUCAACCGACUAGAGGAUCUCUUCAGUUUGGUGAGGUUUCUUCGUGUCGAGCCUUGGAAUAAUUUCUCGUUUUGGCGGACUUUUAUCACUGUGCCCUUUGAGUCAAAAGACUUUAUGCGUGCCCUGGAUGUGGUUCAGACCGUCUUGGAGCCGCUUGUCAUGAGAAGAACGAAGGACAUGAAAACGCCAGAUGGUAAAUUACUUGUGCCCUUGCCGCCUAAAUCCAUGGAGAUUGUCGACAUCGAGCUUUCUGAGCCGGAAAGGGGUGUUUAUGACCACAUAUUUACGCGCGCCAAACGAACCUUCUCGGCCAAUGUCGAAAAGGGUACGGUCAUGAAAGCUUAUACAACCAUUUUCGCCCAGAUUCUCCGUCUUCGUCAAUCAUGUUGCCACCCUAUCCUGGUCCGAAAUCAGGAGAUCGUGGCUGAUGAGGAGGUUGCUGGGGCAGAAGCUGACGCAGCAGCUGGCCUUGCAGAUGAUAUGGACCUUGACUCACUUAUUCAACAAUUCACCGCUACAAUUGACAACGAGAAGAACGCCAAUGCGUUUGGUGCACACGUCCUCGAACAAAUCCGCGAUGAAGCCGCUAACGAAUGCCCAAUCUGCGCCGAGGAGCCAAUGAUCGAGCAGACCGUCACCGGAUGCUGGCAUUCUGCUUGCAAGAAGUGUUUGCUCGACUACAUGAGGCACAGCACCGAUCGCCACGAAGUACCACGAUGCUUUAACUGCCGAGAAGCCAUUAAUGCUCGUGAUCUGUUUCAAGUCAUCCGACAUGAUGACGACCCUGAGGCCAUCUCCGCGACACCGAAGAUUAGCCUGCAGCGAUUGGGAGUCAACGAGUCAUCUUCCAAAGUUUUUACAUCUUUCAUGUCGCUUAUUGAGCCGGCCUUGACCCGAGCCAAUAUGAAGUUCUUGCGUCUCGACGGUUCCAUGACCCAAAAAGCGCGUGCUACCGUUCUCGAAGACUUUCGUGAAUCAAAAAAGUUCACCAUCCUGCUGAUUAGUCUGAAGGCAGGCGGCGUGGGCUUGAACUUGACUCAGGCCAAGCGCGUCUUCAUGAUGGAUCCGUGGUGGAGUUUUGCUAUCGAGGCUCAAGCUAUCGAUCGAGUCCAUCGAAUGGGACAAGACGAAGAAGUCAAAGUAUAUCGAUUCAUCGCCAAGGACAGCGUAGAGGAGAGAAUGCUCAAGGUUCAAGACCGGAAGAAGUUCAUUGCUACCUCUCUGGGAAUGAUGUCAGACGAGGAGAAGAGGCUACAGAGGAUUGAGGACAUCAAAGAUCUUUUGAGCUAG